ACAGUAUUGGUUACUAAUUUACUGGGAUUAUUCUGAAGUCGCAAAAAUUACCAGAUAACUAAAUAUGGCAGGUAACACAGACCAACUCGGUGGUAAAAUGUAAACACUGAGAGUAAGGUUGGUUGUCGACUAACUGGCAGCCCCACCCGGUGUGUCGUUUCUAGGUAGCUCCUUCCCAACACGUACAUUGACGCAAAGUCUACUACACCCUCUCUUGGCUUCCACCAUUUCUGUAACUUAACCCAUAGUUAAUGACCAAUGUCACGAAUAUUCAAUGAUUUCGUGAUAUAAGGAAGCGGCAAAACAAGGGGAAAAGUGAAAAGUAAAUUCCGGUAGGUUGUCUCCUCGCCGUUUGGCCUCAGCUGUUUCGUGUAAACAAACCGACGAACUCUUCAGGGUCUUGCACAGGUGUGAUGCGGUGAAGGGUCGCUGCCAUGACACUAGGUGACCAUGAGGACAAGGGGCCACCUGAUGUACACCUUAAUGACGAUAACCACGAUGACAAGUGUCCCCAACCACUGGAGUACGGCUGUGACGCCUGGUGGCACUGGAGUCAGCGACACAAGAGCCCUGAGGUUCUCCUGUACGCCCGCACGGCACUCUUCCACCCGAACUGGUCGCACGGCACGGCGGCAGUGAGGGGCUCUCAAAAGAUCAAUGGUGGACUUCAUUACUGGGAAGUGCAGGUAUCCCAACGACUCUUUGGCACGGCGGUGAUGUUCGGGGUGUGCACGGCAUCGGCCAGACUGCACGCUGACAGCUUCGUCAGCCUGGUAGGGGAGGACGAAUUUGGGUGGGGUCUGUCACACAAAGGUCUCAUCUGGCAUAAUGGCAAGUGGCGUCACUACACCGAACCAUUCCGGGAGAACCGCGCCACCACCAUCGGCAUAUUGUUUGACGGUAUGCGAGGUACUCUGGGGUUUUAUAAAGAUGCCAGGUGGCUGGGUGUGGCCUUCACGGGGCUGGACACUAUUACAGAGCCCCUCUACCCCGUCAUAGCCUCCACCGCCGCCAAGACAGAACUUACGUUAGGGGCGACUAAGCGAGGGUGGGUAGGGCUGCAGGACCGUGCUAGACACGCCCUCCUAGCCGCCCUGCAACAGCCACAACUUCUCUACACCCUGCCUCUACCGCCUGCCCUCAGGCACUACCUUGAGGAUGACCUACCGCCUGACGCUACCACUCCCUGCAACACUCUUCUUCCCACCAAUAAACUACACAUCCUACCAUCCUGAUGACCACCAACACAAUCUUCGAAGGAAUGGUUGCCGAACUUCCCGCCUCCAACACGCACAUGCUAAAUCAAGUCUCGCUGCUUUCACUGUUGUGAACAUUGCGCAUUUUGAACACCUAUUAGCAAGAAACUAUAGUGUGAUUUUAACACAGUUAUCAAGAGCAUGUACUGUAAAAUGCCAGGUUGUGGAGCACCCAUUGUCUAAACAAUUCAUGUUUCGUAUUUUGGAAGUUGCAAUGAUAUGUUUUUAUAAACAAGUUAUUGUCAAGCAUCAUAUUGAUGAGACCUAGAAAAAACAAACUUUUAAACUUUAACAAAUCCAAAAUUUAUCAUUAUAAAAAAAUAAACUAAUGUUUUGU